AUGAACAGCUACUCCCUGAUUGUUGCCGACAAAAUGUCUAUCUUAAGCCUACCCAAUGAACUCAUCCAUCUUCUACUUAUCAAUUGCAUCCUUGUCCGAGGCGUGGUGCGCGGCCUCAGAUUGAGGCUGGUCUGUAAGCGAUUUAACGAGUGCUUUACCCCGGCUCUCCACGACUCACGUAUCCUCGAUGACCUCUCUGCCCCUCACAUAGGUCGCCACUGGUGGAUGCGUAAUGAUCGGUAUGGAUCCAGCAGGCUCUGGCAGCAGUAUCUUGUCGCCCGCGUCCUGAGCGAAGCAGAUCCAGAUGUGGGACGCUUUGUUGAAAUCCGCAAAGCUGCCGAGACUUUAUACGAUCGCAUUGACGGCCCAGUUUCAUUUGAGGAAAUUGUCAAUGGUCUAUGCUGGUUAGGGGUGGAACGUGGUACAAACCGUCCUGGUGAAAAACGGCUGUGGUUAAAACCAGAGACUGAUCUCUGGCGCAUUCACCCCUCCACCGUGGAGGACGUACCUGAGCCACCUCGUGAGCCGCCAUCAAACCCCCAACUCAAUUUGCUAUGCGCUGCUGCAUAUUUCGAUCAGGCUACACCCAUCGUGUCUGGGGUUAUGUUCUCCAACCAAUACUUCUCUCGCACGCCAGCCAUAUACGAUUUUAUCACCGAUAGUUUCGCUAAUCCUACCGACACAGAGCCUGACAGGCAGAAGAGGCAACGCAAUCAGAUCGCACAAUAUGCUCGAUACGGCAAUCUAGCCAUGGUACGUCACGUUGCCGGCUCCAGUUCCAAGAUCAGAGCUGGUACUCAUGGCAGAUUUGGGAAUCCUCUCUAUCGAGCCUGUCGAGGAUGCUAUGAAGACAUUGUCGAUUUUCUACUCGAUCGGGAUGUGGAUCACGAUGACGAGGUGCUUACCGCUUGCACCCGGGCUGGAUGUGUAGAGAUCAUGAGGAAGGUUCUUAAGCGCGAAAUAACAUUUGAAACAGACUUCGCCCCUCGUGAGCUUCUGACAGAAAUUACCAAGAGAGAGGAUGUACCUAUGCUCCAAUUCAUUCUGGAACAGGGGUAUAAGGUCACCUUGCGACGACAUAAUCAAGCAAUGAAAAUGGCAGUGGCUCAGGGGCUUGAGUCAAUGAUAGAUUGUCUAAAUGGACUCGAAAUAGUGGAAGACCCUCCCUAUUUCUCAGAACGAUAUAGUCAUAGUAGAUGA